AUGAUGGACAACCGCGUCUCUCUUGGCUCCAUCCAGAAAACCGUCUGGGACGGUCGCAUACCCUUGGAAAUCAUACUAGCUCCGUCAGAAAGUCGAACAUUUAACAAGACAGAUCCCUAUCUGAUCGCGUAUCCUCGCAUUUCAUAUUUCCCCUCAUUACUCCCAAGACUUCGGGCUUUCUUCUCGAGCUCACUGAUUGCACCUGAAUCUCAGCCCCAUGACGGUUGGUUCGAAUUUGAGGGUGUGCCCUUGAAGUGGCACUACCCUAUCGGUCUGCUGUUUGACCUCUAUGCCGGAGCAACCCCUGCCUCCAAGACUGCGUCCAUAGGCGACGAGUCUCCUGAGGAUGGCUCAAAGCUCCCUUGGCGCUUGAUCGUUCACUUCAGUAACUGGCCUGAUGGGAAUCUCGUCCGCCUGGAUGCCGAUGGAAUGGUCAUGGGCGAUGCCUUCAUCAACAGUGUCAAGGAAGCUGAUUUCCUCCGCAAUGGCACUGCCAAGGGAAUUAUGAGUCUCUCAAAAGAAUACUCAUCAGGUCUCUGGAAGGCCGUCGAAGAGGUUGAUCUUCCCUCUUUCCAGCGAAUCUCAAACAUACUUCUCCCCCAGCUUUCACAGCCUUUCCGCAACGUACCGAUCAGGAUAUUCCUGCCACUACCGCCAGAUGACGAUUCUCCAUCCCUCAAGGUUGUUCAAUCGCCACUUCCCCCUUCAAUACCAGCACCGAGCAUGCAAUCCAGCCAACUAUUGAACCCGCGCUCCAGCCCAUCCACCCAACCCCAAACGAUCGGCACUGUUUUACACACAUUGCUCCCAAACCUGUUCCCUAGCAGAAGAACCCCUGUUCUUGCAAAACCUGUACUGCAUGGCUCUGUUAUACCAAUGUCUGCUCCGAUAGAAGAGGUGGUACGGAGCUCUGCUUACGGAGAUGGCUGGGCAUACUUGGUAGUGAGGAUGAUGGGAUAG